AUGCAGAUUUUGAUUCAGAAUGUCUGGGAUGGACUUCAGAGUCUACAUAAAGAAGAAGCUGAGUAUAAUAGCUAUCUGAAGUGUGGCACAGGGAGAAUUAGUCCAAUCUAUGCAGCUGACGAUCUAGGGCAACCCAUCUUGCACAUCCGUAAAUUUCAAGACUCAUUGGUCAUUGAGGAUGUGGCCGUGGUCUUCACCCAGGAAGAGUGGGCAUUGCUGGAUCUUGCUCAGAGGAAACUCUACCAAGAUGUGAUGAUGGAAACCUUCAGAAACCUGGCCUCAGUGGUGUCUCAAAACUUUAAUGAUGGAGAAAAAUUAUCCAGUGAGCAUAUAAUAGUACAAUUCAUGAACAAUAACAGCUGGUCCUCCAUGUUAGGAGAAAUCAUCGAAUUGCCUGUCAGUGAAGAUCAGCCUAAAAAUCAGGGGAGACAUAUGAGAACACAUGAAGUAGAUAACCUCCUUGGAAGUAAUGGUGGCAAUCACUGUGGAAAAACCUUCAGUCAGAUUUCAGAGCUUUCUGUGCUAAAAGGAAAUCCUCCUGAAGUAAAUCCUUUUGGAGUCUAUGAGUGUGGAAAAGCCUUCAUGGAACACUCAUUGCAUAAGCAUCAUACCAGAUCUUACACUGAAUGCAGUACUGGUCAUUCCAAGGAACGUGGAGAAGCAUAUGGUUGUCCCUGCUAUCUAAACCCUCCAGCAAAAAGUCUUACUGGAAAGAAACCCUGUAAUUGUAAGGUAUGUGGGAAAGACUUCAUUUGUAUCUCACACCUUAAGAAUCCUCUGACAACAAUUACUGGAGAGAAGCACUAUGGACAUAACAAAUGUGAGAAAGAGUUCUGUAAUUUCACCUCCUUUGGGACACAUGCUAGAGGUCAUAAGCAUGAGUGUAAAGAAUAUUGUAAAACCUGUAGUUCUUCAUUUCUCACUUUACCUGAAAAAUGUAAUGGACAUAAGCCUCAUGAGUGUAAGGACUGUGGGAAAGCCUUUAGUGAUUCCUCACAACUCACUAUACAUUUAAGAACUCACAGUGCAGAGAGGCCUUAUGAAUGUAAGGAAUGUGGGAAAGCCUUUAGUCAGGCCUCAUCACUCACUAUACAUAUAAGAACUCAUAGUACAGUGAGGCCUUACGAAUGUAAGGAAUGUGGGAAAGCCUUUAGUCGCUCCUCAUACCUCACUGAACAUAUAAGAACUCAUAGUGGAGAAAAACCUUAUAAAUGUAAGGAAUGCGGGAAGGCCUUUAGUCGUUCCUCAUAUCUCACUGAACACAUAAGAACUCACAGUGGAAUAAGGCCUUAUGAAUGUAAGGAAUGUGGGAAAGCCUUUAGUUCUUCCUCCCACCUCACUACACAUAAAAGAAUUCACAGUGGAGAGAGACCUUAUCAGUGUAAGGAAUGUGGGAAAACCUUUAGUGAUUCUUCAUCCCUCACUCAACAUAUACGAACUCACAGUGGAGUGAGGCCUUAUGUAUGUAAGGAGUGUGGCAAAGCCUUUAGUCGUUCCUCAUACCUCACUGAACACAUAAGAACUCACAGUGGAGUGAGGCCUUAUGUAUGUAAGGAAUGUGGGAAAGCUUUUAGUCAAUCCUCACACCUCACUACACAUAUAAGGACUCACAGUGGGGAGAGAUCAUAUGAAUGUAAGGAGUGUGGGAAAGUCUUUAGGCAGUCCUCAAACCUCACUACACAUAUAAGGACUCAUAGUGGAGAGAGACCUUAUGAGUGUAAGGAAUGUGGGAAAGCCUUUAGUCAGUCCUCAGCCCUCACUAAACAUACAAAAAUUCAUAGUGGAGAGAGGCCUUAUGAAUGUAAGAAAUGUGGUAAAGCCUUUAAGUUUUUUUCACACCUCACUUCACAUAUAAGAACUCACAGUGGAGAGAGAGGCCUUCUUAAUGUAGAAUGUGACAAAGCAUUUAGUCAGUUCUCAGUCCUUAUUGAACAUCAGUAA